AUGGCAUCAUCGACCAUACGUACAUAUAACAAAGAUCAAAUUUUAGAGAUGAUCAAUACUAACAGCUCAUCUAUUGCGUUUCGUAAACCAAAGCAUGCCAAAAGUGUAAAAUGGGCCAAUUAUCUUCAAAUAUUUGUUAAUGAUUCUCCUCAAUACUUUAUAUCAUGUAUAAAAUGUCAUUGUAUUUUGACAUGGAAACCAAAUGAUGGUACUAAUGUAAUGGACAAACAUGACAAAUCAUGUAAACAACGCCCAUCAUCAUCGUCAACACAACAAUCAAUCGAAUCAUUUUAUUUACCAAACGACAAAUUUAAAAAACAAUUAAUUAAUUCUACAAAACGUAAAUUAACAAAUGUUCUUGCUGAAUGUUGUGCUGUAGAUAGUUUACCAUUUAGUGUAUGUCGUGGUGAUGGUUUUAAAGAAUUAGGUAAUAAUUUACUUAAAGCUGGUCGUCAAUUAGGUGCAACAGUUUCGAUUGAAGAAGUUAUUCCUGAUCCAACAACGAUUAGUAGAGAAAUCGAUAAAAUCUACAGCGCACGCAAAGAACAAUUAAUUUCAUAUUUGUCAACUCUUGAUCAUUUCGUAAUAACCGUCGAUUUUUGGACGGAGUAUCAAACAAAAAUCAGCUAUGGUGGUGUUACAUUACAUACAUAUUCGGAAGAAUAUGGUCUUUUAGUAUUUGUAUUAGCUUGUAAACCAUUUGAUUUACCAUCUCAAACUGCUGAUAAUGUUCGGUUAUUUACUGAUUCAAUACUUGAAUCAUACAAUUUACCAUUGAAUCAUGUAAAGUAUGUUGUAUGUGACAAUGAAAACAAGAUGCGUGCAUCUUUUCGAUAUGAUAUCAAUCGAAUAGGAUGUUCAGCUCAUUUCAUUAAUAAGAUCAUUGAACAUUCACUUUGUAUACCUAAUCCUGAUUGUGAAGAUAUUCAACGAUUAUUUAAUAGCAUACAUGAUCUUGUAGUUUAUUUAAGAUCUUCACAUAAUCAAUGUAAAUUAUCUGUCAAACUUCAGCUUUUUUGCAAAAUUAAAUGGAACAGUGCAUAUAGUAUGCUCUCCAGUUUUAUCAAUGUAUAUCCUGAAUUAAAUAUGGUUAUUAAUGAUAAAGCUCAAAAAUUAACUUUUGCACAAAUCGAUUUUGAUGAAUUAAUUUCUUUUGCUAAAUAUUUGAAAUAUUUUGUUGAUGUUACAGAAAUGCUAAGCGCAGAGAAAACACCAACAAUUUCUUUAGUUUUACCACUUAAACAACGUCUUAUAAAUAUAUCUAAACCAAAUCCUACUGAUCCAGAAUCAAUUAUGAAGUUUAAAAAAUAUUUUGAAAAUAAAAUUCCAACAUACUGGGAAAUUGAUGAUAUACAUUUUAUUGGUACUGUUCUUCAUCCAAAAUUUAAACACUUACAAAUAUUGUCAAAUAAAGAUAAAAAAAAGGCUUACGAAUUAAUAAAGAAGGAAAUUAACAAACGAAAUAAUCCUCAAUCAGAUUUAUCAUUUAAUUCUGAAGUUUCAUCAACACAAUCAAUAGUAAUAUCAUCAACUGAUACAAACGAUCUUUUAUCUGGAUGUUAUGAUCAAAUCUCUACAACUUUAAAAGCAUCUGAUACUAAUGAUGAAUUAAAAAGAUAUUUACAAUCUAUCGACAGUUUAAUUGAUAAUGAAGAUUUAUUUGAUUUUUGGAGAAGACAAAAAUUUGUAUAUCCAGUUCUUUAUUCAAUUGCACGUGAUAUACUUAUUGUUCCAGCUACCAAUACUGCAGCUGAACGUUUAUUUUCAGCUAGUGGUAAUACAGUAACUGAAACACGAAAUCGUUUAUCAUCACAAAAAGUUGAUAAAUUGAUGUUUAUUAAGAAGAACGUAGCAAUUUUAAAAAAAAUUUUUGGUAAAAUUGCAACGUCAAAUAAUCUUGAUGCUAGUGUUGAUACAACUGCUCAAAAAGGUGAAAAACGUUUAUAUGAACAUUUACUCGAUGCUGAUAAUAACGAUAUUGAUAAUCUUAAUAAUUCUAGUGAUGAUGAAGAAUAG